GCAAGCCAAGUGACAUCUCCGUGCCACCCUGUGGGCAUCGACCUCUCACGGACAGUGCAAAGCUUGCAACCACAAGAGAGAGACUGUUCCAUUUCCAAGUGGAGAGGGGCAUGGCUGCCAUGGCAGAAGUGGGAGUUCAGGAGCCAAGCCUGCCCUGCAAAAGUUUGGCAGGUGGGGAAACCCUGCUGGGCAGCCAAGAGGAGAGUGGGUGGCAACCGGAGGAGGAGAGAGAGGAGUGCCCGAGGAGGAGGAGGAACUCCUCGGCCCAGUCCUGCCCAGAGCCGGAGGAGGACAGCAAGGUGGGUGACUGCCACAAUCCGGGGAACCAGCAGGAGGAGCCCUGGAAGGAGCUGGGCAGAAAGAGGCACCGCCGGCGACCCUCGAAAAAGAAGAGGCCCUGGAAGCCAUAUAACAAGCUGACCUGGGAGGAGAAAAAGCUCCUGGAGGAGAGGGAGUCGCAGCGGGCGUCCAGAAUGCGGGCUGAGAUGUUUGCCAAGGGCCAGCCGGUGGCCCCCUACAACACCACCCAGUUCCUGAUGGAGGACCACGACCUAGAGGAGCCCGACCUGUGCCCGCCACCGAAGAGAGCGCCCGCCUUGCCGUCCCUCCACUUCAACUCCUUCAGCAAAGGGGACAGCACGGAGGAGGACAUUGAGGAGGAGGAAGACGGCACGGGCAGCGACGGCAUGGGCAGCGACGACGGCACACACUUCCUACAAAAGGACUUUUCCGAGACCUACGAGAAGUACCACGUAGAGAGCUUGCAGGACAUGAGCAAGCAGGAGCUGAUCCGGGAGUACAUGGAGCUGGAGAAGUGCCUGAGCCGCAUGGAGGAGGAGAACAACCGGCUGAGGUCCCAGCAAGAGGACUCCCGGCUUCAGGAACUGGAGAUGGAGCUGGAGAAGCUCAAAGAGGAGAACAACCGGCUGCUGAGGGAAAGGGAGCAUGUGAUGAAUUACCGCAGGAGAAUGAUUUCCAUCAACACACUAAAGAAGGACCAGGAGGAGAGAGGGAUCCAUCAGGAUAGAUCCUGA